GGCGCUCCGAGAGACCGAGGUUCCUGAGCUGCUAUGGCGGCAGCGAUCGUGGCCGCUGCCCUUCGUGUGACGCGACGUGUGACGGUGACUACCGGUUACCUGCAGGUCCGAGGAGCUUCAAGGGUACCUGAAAGGGAUGAAGUAUCUAAAGCCCAGGAGGCAGUCUCUGGAGUAGCCCCAACCAUCUUCUCCAGGAUCAUUGACAGAAGCAUCCCUGCUGACAUCCUUUAUGAGGACCAACAGUGUCUUGUCUUUCGAGAUGUGGCUCCACAGGCCCCAGUGCAUCUUCUAGUCAUUCCCAAGAAGCCGAUACCCCGGAUCAGCCAGGCUGAAGAGCAGGAUAAACAGCUCCUGGGUCACCUACUACUUGUGGCUACACAGACGGCAAAGGCUGAAGGACUAGGAGAUGGAUACCGAUUAGUGAUCAAUGAUGGGAAGCUGGGAGCCCAAUCUGUGUAUCACCUGCAUCUGCACAUCCUCGGGGGCCGACAACUUGGGUGGCCACCAGGCUGACCCUGAACAGGGAGUAUGUGAUUGUUAAUAAACUUGUUGAACCCUGA